AUGGAGAAAUCAGUCACAACGACUCUUCUGAGAAGUCUUCCUAACGUUCCAUUACAUAGGAAGACGCUAGAUCUUCUAGAACGGAAGAUUCAAACAGCGAACGACAAGUCCACAAGACAUAGUUUCAAAGUACCAUUAUUACAAUUACUGUGCAAGUAUGAACGGUACAAUAUACAAGAAGAUAAACGUGGGAUAGAGAAAGUAUUAGAAUCCAUUGCGUACAACACCUAUUUCAUUUGGAACAACCCUGUCCCUUCGCACUUACAGGUGUUCCAAAAAAACAAUGAAAUGUUACGACGUUAUUGGCCGUGCGUGUACCAUCGGGGGAUGGACACCAAGAGGGAUUCCAUAAUUGUGCAAUGGGCCAAGAGUAAUAAUGGCGAUGCGCUCUUAAAGGGGACCAUGAAUCACAUACAGCCGGGUGCGAGUGCGGAAGAGCUUUUAAUGUUUAAGAAAAUAUUUCAACACUACAUAUUUCUCACGUUGAAUGCCCGGAUUACUAGUAACGCGAAACGGUUGCAACCGCCCCUUGUAGGAGUGCCUAUGAAUUCGAUGGGUGAGACGAUUCCGCAGGUUCGAGUCAAGAAUCUCUUCAGGAAGAAGGUGAGUUGGACGGCUAAUGCGCUGUGUGCCUUGAAUCCCGUGCUAAACGUAGAGAACCAUGGCUUCUUGGACGAAAUCAUAAACGCUGACUAUGAGAACACGUCGAGGUCUUUGCGAAGACUGUACCAGAGGGCAUCGAAAAACGCACAUGUGAUUGCCGGGGAGUCACCAGAGAGCAUCCAAUUUGCCAUUGCCAAAGACUUACAUCGUAUGUUGUAG